AUGGAGGAUUUUCGGGUUGCUUUGGAGAAUUGUGAAUUGACAGAUUUGGGUUUUAUAAGGCAUAAAUUUACUUGUACAAACCGGUGCCCAGGAUCAGCCCAUACAAAACAACGAUUAGAUAAAGUUGUUGCUGACAAAGAUUGGAUUGAAAAGUUCCCUGCCAGUUCGGUUUCUCACUUGUUCAACCAUGCUUCUGAUCAGAUUCCUAUUUUGUUGAGAACUAUGAAUGACAAGCGGCUUAGGGGAAGGGGGGCUGGUGGUUUUCGAUUUGAGGAGAGUUGGUUUUUGUGGGAUGAUUGUGAGGAAGUUAUGCAUGAGGCAUGGACAAAGGUGGGCAGGGCAGUCCGGGUUGAAGGGGUGUUAUGGACUGAAUCCAAGCAUGUGGGGUAG